AUGGCGCUUGCGGGAGGAUACGCCGGAACGAUCCGCAACUUGGCCGUCGAUGCGUCGACGAAGUGUAUCGUUCAAGGUCUGGGAAAGAGCAGUACGUUCCACUCAAAGCUGGCUUUAGGAAUGGGAACGAGCAUUGUAGGAGGUGUCGGCCCGGGCAAGGGAGGACAAUCUUACUUGGAACGGCCGGUGUUCAAUACGGUCAGAGAGGCCGUCCAUCACCUCCGCCCAACGGCGACUGCAGUCUUCGUCCCACCCCUUGCUGCCUGUGGAGCAAUACUCGAGGCAAUUGAAGCCGAGGUUCCCUUGAUCGUGAGCGUGGCCGAGGGAGUGCCGCUGAAGGAUCAGAUGACGAUCAUGGCUGCACUUCAUUCCCAGAGCAAGAGUAGACUAGUGGGGGCUAACAGUCCUGGUAUGGCAAAUCCGCGCGGCUGUAGACUGGGCAUCUCCCCCCCAGUGACCAUGGCUCCGGGACCUGUAGGCAUUGCAAGUCGAUCCGGAACUCUAAGCUACGAAGCUGCCUCUUCCUGCAAGCACAUCGGGCAAUCCUACGUCCUCGGUCUCGGCGGCGACUUCUACCCGGGCACUCGCACAGCCGAGGCCCUUUCCUUCUUUAUGGACGACCCAACCACCGAAGCGCUCAUCCUCGUUGGAGAAGUUGGCGGUACAAUGGAAGAGGAAGCGGCUGAGCUGCUGCUGCGCGAUAAGAGGUACAGAGAUGCAGAGGGUUGCACUCGUAAACCCGUUGUGGGCUUCAUUGCGGGGAGAAACGUACCGCCGGGGAAGAUCUUUGGACAUGCGGGGGCUUGCUGGAGGGAUGGACUGGGAUCGGCCGACCAGAAGAGGCAGGCUUGGACGGAGGCGGGAAUCAGGGUCGUGGAUACUAUUGCUGAGACAGGGGCAGCGAUUGAGGAGGAGAUGAAGAAGAGAGGCCUCUUCAGCCACACGAGUCUAGGCUAAGCAGCCUGGUCAGUUAUUGUCACGCUGUGCGCUCGAAUCAUACUGCUUGUGGCGACAAGCGUGACCUUGAUUGGCUACUGUAUCGUAUUGGCAAAAUGUCAUAGAACAGGCGCUCUAAAGCAAGAGCAUCCCG